CGAGAAGGACGGACAUGGUACGGAAUCACUGAAACGGCAAAACAGGGUUUGAAUUUCAGCCAUGAAGGUGUUUGUGGUACUUGCUCUAACAAUAUUCAGUGCUUGCCAUGGCAGCAUUCUGUUCACGGCAGAGGGAAAGACGCCUCUGGAGCUGAUGACCGACACGUUCUGGGACUAUGUGUCCGAGGUCACGCGCAUCACAGAAGACACUCUGAAGCUGAUUAAGGAGUCUGAACUGGGCAAGGAAAUCAAUACUCAGAUCACAGAGGGCUCGGACAGCACCAUUGAAUACAGUGAAACGAUGCGCAAGGUUACCCCUCUGACCGACGAGCUUCUGACCAAGCUUGCCAAGGAGGCCGAGCAGCUGAAGGCCUCUCUGGAGAAAGACAUGAACAAAGUGCGGGUCCAGCUGGAGCCCUACGCCGAGGAGCUGAGGACCAACAUUCAGCAGCAGAUGGAGCACCUGAAGCGAGAUAUCGACACCUACAUAGAUGCCCUGGAGCCCGAAACGGUGAAGGCCACCCUGCUCCAGAAGAGCGAGGCGCUGAAGGGGAGCCUGGAGCAGAGCGUGAAGGUCAUGCAGUCCCAGCUGGACCCCCACACCACGCAGCUCUCGGACAGGGUGGACAAGCACCUGCAGGAGUUCAAGAGUGGGGUGGUUCCCCUGGUGGAAAGCUUCCAGAGCCAGCUGACCCAGUCUUCGCAGAAACUACAGCAGGACCUGGCUGCGUACGGCGAGGAACUGCGAACCAAGAUGGAGUCCUUCGGUCAGGACCUGAAGUCCCAGGCGGCUUCGUUCUGGGAGAACCUUACAAAGAACUUUGCUGUCUAAGAGAGUGCUGAGCGUUCUUUCUCUGUGUCUCAUUGUACUUUCCUAACAACACAUUAUGGCGAUACUCUGUUAGGAGGCAGGUGAAGAAAUGUCAACAAGCUUUGUAGUAUAUCAAUGCUCAAGAUUCAACAAGAAUCUGAGAUCGAUUUCUAACUGAAAAUGUGGCAACAAUACAACGCUGUGAAUAUAUAUUGUAUGUAAGCAUUCAUUUUUUCGUAGUGCUAAUUCAGGACUGAACUGGGUAGAGUGAGGUAUCAGAAUCAAAGAUGGAUAAUUGUGAGAAGGUCUUCGAAAAAUUGGAUUUUAUUGAAUAAUAAUGACAAAAGUAUAACAGAAAAAAAAAAUGCUUGGUGGAAAAUAACUUGAUUUCCAGUAAACUCCCUCCAACUUUUAGAAAAAAUGUGAUCAAGAAAAACUUAAAUCAACUUCUCAACAGUCCUCUAUUUGUAUAAAUGUUUUUAAUUCACCGUGUUUGGACAGGCCCACUGACAUUUCAUUCCAAAGCAUACGCACGCACAUAUCCAUCAGUAGUCCCCACGAUACAUAAUUGUGUGCAUCUGGCAGAGGAGUGCUUACAAGCAGCUCUGCAUCAGGUUAUCUUUCUCAAAGGUUCUCUAAAUGGGCAAGAACUGGAUUAUGUUAUGCCUUCUUACCACCAGACCACAUUUUCUCCCAAAUUAUCUUUAAUUAAAUAUUUUGGGCUGCAUCCAUUUUAAGGCAAUGGUACUGAUACUGAUUUUCCUUCCGA